AUGAUCUCCGACGAGCACAACCGCGAGACCAGAAGAUACCAAGACGAGCCUCGGAGGAAAUACCACGCCCGUGUGGCCAAGAUCUUGGCGGAUUUCAAGAACGGCGUGGGACCUGGCGACGCGAAGCUGACUCUUGUUGGCAGAGACGGGCACAGAGCGACCAUGGAUGUGCACAAGAAGCCUCACAUUGUGGAGUGUGAUGAUGUUGAGACGUAUGUAGAGACUGUGGUGUUGAUGUAUUGCGAUGAUCUCAAGAACAAGCUGAUUGGUGAAAAUGUCUUCAAAGUCUUGGCUUUGCUUAAGAUGAUGAAAGCUGUGAUCUUUGGGUUGAUUAGAGAAGAAGGAGCUGAUCAUGAUGAUGUGUCUAAAGAAAUGCUGUACAGUCUGUGUCACCGAUGUGUCUCCUCUCACUUAUCCUCUGCUUAUCAGAAGUCACAUCCCAACAUGAAUGAUCCUGGUGAUUUGGUUGGAGAGAUCUCUAGAGAAGCUGGUAACUUGCUUUGGAUAGUCGAUAUACUAAUCGAGAAGAAGAUCUGCGAGGAGUUUGUGCAGCUGUGGGGGGAGCAGAAGGAGCUAGCGAAUCUCCAUUCCAAGAUUCCUGCAAAGUACAGACACGAGAUAAGCAAGAUCACUGCACGGAUCUGCGUUGGAAUUGGUAAAGGAAAGAUCUUGGUGAAGAGGGAAGCUCGGUUUACGGUUCUCAAGACAUGGUUGGAGGCCAUGUACGAUGAUUUUGGUUGGAUGAGAAGGUCUUCAAUGGAUUGGAAAGUUGUGGAGGAUGGACUCAGCCAGAUGAUACUGACAUUGUCGUUGAGUCAGCAACAGGUGGUUCUGAUGUAG